UUGUCAUUAUUGAUUUUCCUUUCAUUUAUUAAUUAAACUUUGUAUUGUAUACUAUAUAACUUGCUUGCUUGCUUUGGUUAACGUCUCUUUUAUUAAUAUACCUCCCAUAUUCAUAUAAUCUAUUAGUAUUGUAAAUCACCGUUGUUAUCAAAACGAUCGCAGUGCAUUGCAACGUCAGAGAAAAAAAAGUUUAAAGAGGUCAUUUUUAAAUUUGAUUGUUGUAUUGACAAAUAUAGGAGAGAGGAUUCCUACACAUGAUAUGGCUAUACAAACAAGGUUAAAUGAUCAUCACCAUCAAUCUGAUUCAACAUAUAGUGACAAUAUUCCAUUAGAGACUAUACCAGAUACUACUAAACCAGAUUCUGAUCAGUUUAACCAUAGUUCUAAUAUGGCAGAUAGUGCUUUAUUAGGGGAAGUCGAUUCCAAUUCCGAUUAUGAAAUUGAUGAUUUACUUGGAGAUGAUUCAGUGAUUAAUCGAUAUUAUAAUGGUAAGUUUGAUAGAUUGAAACGAAUCUUAAGUCUCAUAUGGAAUGGUCCUGAUCAACCUCGAGAUGAUCCACCUGCUAAAAUUGAAUGGUUGAGUAGAUUCGAAGAUGUACCAACUAGGUUCAGACGGUCAAUCCCCCACGGGUUCAAAGUCACCGGUUUAUUCUUGUAUUAUAUAUUCUGGUUUGCUUUAUGUUAUUCUAUAAUCCAACCUUACUUAUCAUAUCCUCCAAUCUUAACGUCAGAUCCCGACGUUUCCGUCAUAUCAUUAUCAUGUUCAAGUCAAUAUGGAUUCUGGAGAGGGAAAAAUGCCAAUUGUGGAUUAGAUGCAGAAGAUUGUCAACUAGAUCCAAAUAAAGAUAUAAUAUUCAGAUGUCCUGCUUUAUGCGAUAGAAAUAGUUGGACUUAUUCAUUAUUACCUGUCGGUGAUCAAAGAAUUAAAUAUAGAGGCUAUUUCAUCGGUGGUGGUGAUAAAGUAACACAAAGAUUACACAAAGAUCAAUUAACUGAUCCAUAUAGAGCUGAUUCAUAUCCAUGUGGAGCUGGAGUUCAUUCUGGUUUAAUAUCUCCAUUCUACGGUGGGUGUGCAAGAGUAUCGUUCAGUAGUGGAAGUCAAAAUCAAUUUAGUUCUACUAAGGGUCAUUAUGGAGUUAGUGAUUCUAUUGAAUUUUUAUCAUUCUUUAAAUCAUCAUAUUUCUUUAAAAGUUUAACUGGUCAACAUGAUGAUGGUCAUUUCACUCAUUGUUAUGAUCCUAGAUUAACUAUAUUAUUCAUAAACAUACUAUUGGGAUUUCCUAUUGUUUAUUUAGCAACGGGAACUGUCAUUUUCUGGACAGUUAAUAUCGUGGGAUUUUGGACUAUCACGUUAGCAACAGAUCCUCCUAUUGUGGUUGAUGCAGCUGAUCCAGAAGGAUUUGCCAGUUUAAUAUCAUUAGGUCUUGAACGAUUCUUACCCACUUGUUGUAUUUUAUAUGUAUUAUGGCAUACUUCGACAAAAAGAACCCUUACCAUACCUAAUGAUUUAGAAUAUGAAACAUCUCCACUUAGUAGAGUCUUCUACUUUUAUCCAUUAUUUUGGCUUGGGAUUUUAAAUAAUGUGACAUUUGACAGAUUACCAGUUGAUAGAUUAACUUUAAGUGAUUUAAAAGAACAAAGUGGUGCACUUAUAGCAGUAUCAUCUAUAAUAUUGGUAAUUGGUACUUGUGCUGUGAUCCAAGCUUAUAAAAUUUGGCUCUCGGGAAGAUUCAAGAAAUAUUUAAUAACAUAUUCAUCAUUUGUAUUGGGUUUGGUUCUUGUGGCUCAAUUACCUGGUUUAAGUUUACGUAUACAUCAUUAUAUAUUGGCCAUGCUUUUAGUUCCGGGAUGUGCAACAAGAGGGAGAACCGCAUUAUUAUUCCAAGGAAUUUUACUUGGAUUAUUUCUUUCAGGAGUAGCAAGAUGGGGAUUUGCUUCAAUAGCAGAAACUAUCACCUCAUUGAAACGUAAUGAUCCUGUUGGAAAACUUUUACCACCUGAUUUUGUUUCUUAUAAUAUCACCAGUGGUGAAAUCUUCUGGCAAGGAAUCACCGAUGAUUUACUUUCUCCAAUCGAUAGAGUGUUAUAUGAGAAGUAUUCAUCAAUAUCGAUAUUAAUCAAUGAUAUCGAAAGAUUUGUGGGAAAUCAAUCGGAAUCCAUGAAUUUACGAGAAUUGUUUCAAACUUCAGCUGAUUUAAGUCAAGAAAUAACUCAAAGUUUAAAAGAUGGAUUUAAAGAUGCAGCAGGAAACAUUCUCAUAUAUCUUAGAAUUGGUAGAAAAAUACCAGGAGCUCAAGUUUAUAGUGAUUUCUCCAAUGCAGCUAUCUUAAAAUGGCCAAGUGGAGAUCUUGACCUUGCAGUUCCAGGACUUACAUAGAGAUUUAUUUAGAUGCAAUAAAAAUAAUUAUAUAUUUGGGACUUGUUUAUACGUAUGUGGAAUUUCCUGCACAUAAAAUGCUUAUGACCGCCGCCCCUCCG